UUGAAUAUAAAAGCAUCUAGCAUUGUGAUCUAUCGGUCAGUGCUAUUUCAAACUUUAACCGAUCGAUAACAUCAUUAGUGACUCUUUUUUCAUUCUAUUUGUUAAUUUUUGUUAUUUUUGCCUGAAUUUAUUUUUGCACAAUAAUGUUUAAGUUGAUUGUACUCACAGCUGUAAUAGCUAUUGCCUCAGCUGACAAAUUUGCACACGUAAAACAGCUUACAAAUAAAGUCAAUGAGGACGGUUCAUAUGAAUAUUUUUACGAAACAUCCAAUGGCAUCGUAGCUCAAGAAUCUGGCAUUGGCGGUGUGGUUGCCCAAGGCGCCGCUCAAUGGACGGAUGAAAAUGGAAUCGGUGUACAAUUCAGUUAUGUAGCUGACCAGAAUGGUUACAAUCCGUCGGGUAACUUUUUACCACAAGGACCACCAAUACCACCGUACAUCUUAAAGGCGCUAGCAUACAUGAAAGAGCAUCCAUGGGCUGACCAAGAUAAAUACGCUCGACGAAAAUAAGUGGAAGGAUUGCACGUCGUGUUGUAAAUAUUUACCGAUAUUUAUUUUAAGUAAAAACCAAAAAUAAUAUUUAAUUAAAGCUUUAGUGAAUAAACCGAUCGAUGGAUAUUUAUAGUUAAGAUAUUCCCAGUCAAUAAAUUAAUUACUCAUCAA